UAAUUUAAAUUUAGUAGGAGUAGCUAACGUUCCCAAACACUCAUACAACCACUGUAUUUUCCGUAAACUUCAACACAAUCUCGAAUGCGAAAAAUAGCAUUCUUUUUCUUACAAUUUUCAAUGCCACAAUUUUCGGCACCCGAAAGCCUCGGAAAGUAUAAAGCUUUUUUUAUGGAUAUUUUUUCGAAAUUUAGCAAAACCGAUAUUUCAGGUUGGUGUCUGAUCCCAUACUAAACAAAAAUAUCUACUAGAAGAGCAACUAGGGUUUCGCAUUAUCAGAUCUUUACGCCAAACAAUUCAACAGGUUUUAUUUUGUCAGAAAUUUAAACAAAUUUAAGUAAUAGGAGGUGAUUUUGGCUUUGAUAAGCGGGGACUUUGACUUAGAAUAGUUCCGAGAUUUUUUAUUUUUAAAAUUUGUAUUGCAACUCCUGGUGGAUUGGAAUAUAUAACAAGCUUUUGUAAUUGUGGAAAACAAUAAAUUGGGAUUUCGCAAAAUUAUGAGAUCUUCAUGGGCAGAUUCUGUGGCUGAGAGUUCAGCCCCUGCUUCCGCUGGUAACGGUCGUCCUUCUCGUGCUGCAUAUGUUCCACCACACCUUCGUAAUCAAGCACCUUCAUCUGAUGUACCUCCUGCUGCUCUACCUGCUUCUGCAUCAACUGCUAAUGAUCGCGUAGGGUAUGGUGCUCCUGCAGGUGGUUCCCGCUGGAGUGGUGGUCCUAGACAAGAUUUUGGGCGUCCUGGUUACGGUUCUGGUGGUAGAACUAGUGGCGGCGGUGGUGGUUGGAAUAAUAGAAGUGGGGGGUGGGACCGCGGAAGAGAGCAUGAGGUGAAUCCUUUUGGUGAUGAUGAUGGUGAUGUAGAGAGCACAUUUGCUGAGCAAGAAAAUUCUGGCAUCAAUUUUGAUGCUUAUGAGGAUAUCCCGGUGGAGACUAGUGGUGAAAAUGUGCCGUCGCCUGUGAAUACCUUCGCCGAGGUAGACUUAGGUGAGGCAUUGAUGCAUAAUAUUCGGAGGUGCAAAUAUUUGAAGCCAACUCCAAUUCAGCGCAAUGCAAUCCCGAUUAUACUUGGAGGGCGGGACUUGAUGGCAUGUGCUCAGACAGGGUCGGGAAAGACAGCUGCUUUCUGCUUUCCAAUUAUUAGCGGUAUUAUGAAGGAGCAGUAUGUGCAGAGACCACGUGGAACAAGGACUGUGUAUCCGCUUGCUCUUAUUCUCUCUCCUACAAGGGAGCUCUCAUGUCAGAUUCAUGAUGAAGCUAAAAAAUUUGCUUAUCAAACUGGUGUUAAAGUGGUAGUUGUGUAUGGUGGAGCACCGAUUCAUCAUCAGUUGCGAGAACUUGAACGAGGGGUUGAUAUUCUUGUAGCAACUCCUGGGCGACUGGUUGAUUUGCUUGAGAGGGCCAAAGUGUCAUUGCAAAUGAUCAGAUAUUUGGCACUUGAUGAGGCAGAUAGGAUGCUUGAUAUGGGGUUUGAGCCCCAGAUCAGAAAGAUAGUGGAACAAAUGGACAUGCCUCCACCUGGCAGGAGACAAACGAUGCUGUUUAGUGCCACUUUUCCAAAAGAAAUACAGAGACUCGCAGCUGAUUUUCUUGCAAGUUAUAUAUUUUUGGCUGUUGGUAGGGUUGGUUCUAGUACAGAUUUGAUUGUUCAAAGAGUUGAAUUUGUUCAUGAGACUGACAAGAGAAGCCAUCUUAUGGACCUUCUUCAUGCCCAAAGAGAGACUGAAAAUAAUGGGAAGCCAUCUUUGACAUUAGUAUUUGUGGAAACAAAGAAGGGAGCUGAUGCCCUGGAACAUUGGUUAUGUAUUAACGGGUUUCCUGCGACAACAAUUCAUGGUGACAGAACUCAGCAGGAAAGGGAAACAGCUUUAAAAUCAUUCAAAAGUGGGAGGACACCUAUUUUAGUAGCAACAGACGUGGCAGCACGCGGUCUUGACAUACCUCACGUGGCACAUGUUGUCAAUUUUGAUCUUCCAAAUGACAUUGAUGAUUACGUCCACAGGAUAGGAAGGACAGGACGAGCUGGAAAAUCUGGUUUAGCCACAGCUUUCUUUAACGAGAACAAUUUGUCAAUGGCACGACCUAUGUCAGAUUUAAUGCAGGAAGCCAAUCAGGAAGUACCUGCUUGGCUCACUCGGUAUGCUUCUCGAGUUUCCUUUGGUGGCGGUAAGAAUCGGAGGACAGGUGGUGGCCGUUUUGGCGGUCGUGACUUCAGAAAGGAUUAUGGAGGGAACAGUGGUGGUGGUGGUGGUGGAUAUGGUAGUGCUGGAUAUAAUGGCGGAGGAUACGGUGGUGGAAAUGUGGCCAGUGCAUGGGAUUAGUGUCGCACUUCAAUACUGCAGUGAAAAUUCAAUUGUUCUCAUGAGUAUAUAAAUAUAUUUUUGGCCUUUAGUUUCGAAGAUCAUUUUUUUUUGAAACACAGGUUCUUUGUUUUGUUUUUAAUUUGGUUCCUAGCUAUCAAAAGUUUUAAAAUUUUAA